AGAUAACGCACGAUGACGAGCGAAGACAUGUAACAGCAAGCGAAGAAGAAAGAAGGCGGAAGGGAAGAAGAAAGCCUGUUUGGUCGUGAUAGGAGCUUUUUUUGUGUUGGCUGAAAGAAAAAUGCCUUAUCAAACUUUUAGGCAGGAAUACCUGCAGAUGCCAGUUGUGACGAGAGCGUACAUGACUGCCUGUGUCAUCACAACCCUUGCUGUGCAACUGGACCUUGUAUCUCCGUUUCAACUUUACUUUAAUCCAAUUUUAAUAAUCAAGCAGUGCCAGCUAUGGAGACUGAUUACCACUUUCCUCUUCUUUGGAACUAUUGGUUUCAACUUUUUCUUCAACAUGAUCUUUACGUACAGAUACUGCAGGAUGCUGGAAGAGGGCUCAUUCCGUGGGAGAACUGCUGACUUUGUCAUGAUGUUCAUUUUUGGUGGGAUUUGCAUGAUUAUAUUUGCAUUUUUUGUUAAUUUACUGUUUCUUGGACACGCAUUCACGAUUAUGUUGGUCUAUGUCUGGUCAAGGAGAAAUCCAUUUGUCAGGAUGAACUUUUUUGGGCUUCUUAACUUCCAAGCUCCAUACUUACCAUGGGUACUUCUUGGAUUCUCUGUUCUUCUUGGCAAUGCUAUUUGGGUGGAUAUGAUUGGUAUGGCUGUGGGACACAUGUAUUACUUUGCCGAGGAUGUUUUUCCCCAGCUCAGAGGUGGUUUCCGUAUUCUGAAAACUCCACAAAUACUGAAGACUCUGUUUGACGCACAUGCCGAAGAUCCAGACUACACGCCGUUGCCCGAAGACAGGCCCGGUGGCUUCAACUGGGGUCAAGUUGGCAACGUGCAGUGAUAUAAUUUUAUCACGUCGCUGUGUCGCUACUAAUUCAUUAUAAGAAAACGGCCCAAAGUUUACAAGAAAAAAUUCACGGCCACGUUUUUCGUUUUCCAAUUAAAUCGCAGCAGCAUACAGGAAGUUCCGCUACGGACGUCGUAGAUAGAAAAUUCUUUGUUUUCCGCUUUGGCAAAAGGUACGCAGGAUUUUCAAUUUUCAUCUGAUAAAUAAGGCUUAUGCCAUGUCCAAUCAACAGUUAAUUUUGAAAGCGUGAAAUAUUCUCUUGUAAGAUAACCAUCCCGUAAGGGACGAACCUGGCAAUUUCUUAGAUGUCGCAUUGAGAAAUAGAAAACUGUAUACGACGAGAGCCUUUUAAUACUUUAGAGUAUUUCGCAACAAAGGUCGUCUAAAUAAUUGUGUAGCACCUGCGUACCGAAAUAAUUUGCUCUUACUUUUAAGUCUCACCAAAUUCCGAUGCCUUUUUGAAAAGGACCCUCGGGUACGUUUUGACGUGUACAGUAAUUUAUACAAUAUUGAAUUUGUUACUUUUUUUGUGAAUAGAACAUGUAUUUUAUUUGUAAUAUAUGGGAUUAUAUGUCCCCUAGAUAAGUACGGGAAUACGCGGUAAUACAAACAAUUGAUAUGCCACGGGAAGUAUAGUAAAACUCAUAGGACGAAUAUGUAAAGUAGAAGUAAGGGGAGCCUGUGGUUAUUUAUCCACAACAGUGUGACUACGCUAGUCUUACUUCUUGUUGGAAUAUCCGCCAAAGUAAUCCUAUUCCUCUAUGGGUUUUUUAACCGACGUGUUAUUUGUACCGAUAGAAAGUAUUUACUUAUUCGUAUAUUCAAAGACCCGAUAAGUGAAAGAUAAAAAAAGGAAACGAUGUAGCCCAUUUUGACUGGAAGGCAAUGAUCAAGCCCUGAAUGUGAAAAAAAGGAACAAAACAUAUUUAUUGACCUGUACCGAACUGUUGAUAAUUAUUUCGUGACUCUGAUAAAUACAAGGGUUUCGACAUAAUCGAAUUGAAUUUACAUUUUCCAAAUGUAUUUUUAAGAUGGUCGCGAAGCGAGAUUGAUGCCAGUUUUUAAAUAUGUAUAUCUAAAUCUCACACUAAAAAUAUAUAUUUGAAUAAGCACAAGAAUAUGUUCUUAAGUGAGACAAAGGUAAGGGAUUAGAUGAAGGGUUGGAUAAAGUGUCAAAUAAAACUGCAAUCAGUGCUGAUAAUCUCGUUAGAAAAAAAAAAUCAAGCAGCAAAUAACAUUUACUACACUCAAAAAAUGCCAAAUGUCUUAAAUAGUUUUUACCAUAAAGACCUGUUUCCGAUUUUGUCAAAACGACAAGAAAUAAAUAUCUAUUGAGUCAGGUGUUUAUAUCUUGUUAUCACUAAAAAUAAAUUAUUUAGGGGCUAAUGAAUAACAAAUAGUUAAGUGAAAGUCGGUUGACAUUACGAGGCUGUACAAAUUUUCGAUAACUUGUUAAAUAACGAUAAAUAUCAUUACACAAACUA